UUGGCCGGGCCAUGGAAGCUUACGUCCGCCACUGAUGAUCGUGCCUUCAAGGGGCUUGGCUUGGUCCCUCCAUCAGACUUCACAACUGUGUCUGUCAUAUAGGUGUUGGGUGCACAUGUACUCACGAGCAAUCAUACGUAGAGUAUGUGUAACGCAGGAGGGUGAGGGGAGCGAAAAGGAAGAAAGAACAGACGUGUUCUGUCGUCAUCAGAGCAUCUAUCCAUUCACCGUUGAGCUCGUUAUUUGCAAACUUGCACUUGAGCUUGACAGUCGUUCGUGAAAUUCUCGGGAAGAAAAACAUCAGCACUCUUGCAUCAUGUUAUUAAAGAAAAGUUCCUUUGGAUUCGUUGAGAACUAGAGAGGAAGUGAACACAAGGAUAAGACGGAGUGGAGCUCAAAUAUACUUUGACCAAGCAGUGUUCCUAACUAACAGUGUCAAUUAUGUCUCAACACUUUUCACGAGGAAGUUCCCCUGUGGAUUGGUGUGAGGAGAAUUAUUCCUACUCCCCUCUCAUUGCGGAAUUCUUCAACACGGUGUCCAACGCCCUAUUUCUCGUGAUGCCCCCAUUCCUCAUGCAUCUCCAUAAACCCUAUUCCUAUUCCAUGGGACCUGGGAUUCAAGUAAUAUGGGUCCUUCUCAUUGUGGUUGGCGCUUCAUCGGCCUAUUUUCACGCCACAUUGUCGCUUUUGGGACAGCUUUUGGAUGAGGUGGCAAUCUUAUGGGUGGUCAUGGCAGGAUUUGCCAUGUGGUUCCCCAAAGCCGCCAUGCCCCCUCAAGUGAAAGACAAAAGAGGCCGAAGAACUUUCAUCAAUAUGGUCAUUGUGCUCACCAUUCUCAGUACAUCGCUCGGGUUCUUGCAACCCGCGUUCAACGCGUUCUUCCUCAUGACACUGGGCGUGCCCUCAAUCUGUAUGCUGAUGUACAAUCUUCGGAAGGAGCCCGAUAACCGAACCCGGAGCUUGGGUCGUCGAUGCAUCUUAUUAUGGGUGUUUGCCGUGGCUUGCUGGGUCAACGAUCGACUCCUGUGCGAUGCUUGGACUUCCAUGGGAUUUCCUUACCUUCACGGAUUCUGGCACGUGCUCAUCUUUCUGGCAGCUUACACGGGAGUGGUUCUCUUCGCGUAUUUCGACGUCAAGAAUCACAAUCCGUAUGAAACCCCCGAGAUUCGAUAUUGGCCGGUUAACACCUUUGAGUUGGGGGUACCCUAUGUUGAGCUUAAGAGCUUUCGCUACAUGAAGGACGGGCAGAAAUCUCACCAUUUGUGAGCACCACGGGAUGUUGUACAUGCACUUAAGCCUUUUUGAAUCAACUUAGUGACCUAUGGAAAUUUGGUGCCAUGGGGUUGUACAUACAAAGUCAUUCUUUGAAGCCUGCACUUCGUUCGUUUACCAAAGAUUCCCAUGAUUAUUGAUUGCAAAACACCCAAGUGAUCUGUUACUCAUUGGCCUGAUACUUUUUCAUGCUUCAUCCUCAAUGAUAUGUACAGAUUUGAGCCUUCAUAUCGGACCUGCAAACACUGUUUUCCGUAAAACAUUUUGCUAUGCAUUCAAGUUCAGCAGCAGUUCAAUUCUUUCAGUAAAUCCACUCCAAGUUUUGGGAUCGGAUUAACCUUCAGCAUUGCAUUGAUAAUUGUGACUAGCGAUGUCUUUCCUUGUAACUUAAAAGUCUUUUUGUCUCUCACCUCGAAAAUCUAUUGUCAAAGUACGCAAGAGUGAAAUCUGCCAAUAAUUUCACAGGGUUCUGUUCGGCUUCUCCCACCUGCUUAACAAAACGCAGCAAUGUGUCAGUUUAUGCCUAUGUGUUAUUGGAAAAAUAUAUUCUUUCAAGUCUCA